CUGAGAAGUAGCUGCGCGUGACGUCACGAGCUUUCCUGAAAGUCAACAACAAGCCGGAGCGGCAGAAGCGCAGCGGCGUCGCCAGGGGCCGGGAGCAGCUGCAGCCCGCGUACCUCACUCACCGGGGCCGUUAGUAUUGCUCGCCGUCCGAAGUAACAGCGGUGCCGACGCGGUUAUUUUUUAUUUUUUGUCUUUAGUGUUUCCCCCCUCCUCCUCCCGUUUUGCUGGGCUUUUCCUAUUCAUAAUUCUCGCGUAGAGGAAGGCGCCGGCGCACAGGGAGGCUGCCGAGGCGAGGGGGGAAGCCGUCGGUCUCCCCAUCACUGCCCGCGUCAGGCUGAGUCACCACCGGAGAGUGGGAAGGACAGAAGAGAGAGCGAGCGAGUGAGAGAGAGAGAGAGAGAGAGACCGACUUGCAGCGUGUGAGGGAGACAGUGCGAGCGGGCGAGAGGGAGCGCAGGAGCGAGUGAGCGAGGGAGGGAGCGAGAUCACGAAGCCGGGAGAGCUGACCCCCUCCCCGGCGGGCCCCCUCCUCACCCCCGACUCCUCAGGAAGCCGUUUGCUGGACUGGCGAGCCUGUCGCGGAGCCACCAUGAGCGAUGUCACCAUCGUCAAAGAAGGCUGGGUGCAAAAAAGGGGAGAAUACAUUAAGAAUUGGAGACCUCGGUACUUCCUCUUGAAAACGGACGGCUCCUUCAUCGGAUACAAGGAGAAGCCCCAGGAUGCUGACCUUCCGUACCCUCUCAACAACUUCUCUGUGGCCAAGUGCCAGCUGAUGAAGACUGAACGACCAAAGCCCAACACAUUCAUCAUUAGAUGUCUACAAUGGACCACGGUCAUUGAGAGGACCUUCCACGUGGACACGCCGGAGGAAAGGGACGAGUGGACAGAUGCCAUCCAGAUGGUGGCUGACAAACUCCAAAGACAAGAGGAGGAGAGGAUUCUGCAGCCCACGUCACAGAUCGACAACAUCGGUGAGGAGGAGAUGGACACGUCCACCAGCCACCAUAAACGGAAGACAAUGAAUGACUUUGACUACUUAAAGUUAUUGGGUAAGGGCACCUUUGGGAAGGUCAUCCUGGUGCGGGAGAAGGCCAGCGGUAAAUAUUAUGCAAUGAAGAUCCUCAAGAAAGAAGUCAUUAUUGCAAAGGAUGAAGUGGCUCACACUCUCACAGAGAGCAGAGUUAAAAACACCAGACACCCUUUCUUAACUUCUUUGAAGUAUUCCUUCCAGACUAAGGACCGCCUGUGCUUCGUGAUGGAGUACGUCAACGGUGGCGAGCUGUUUUUCCAUUUGUCGAGAGAGCGGGUGUUCUCCGAGGACCGCACGCGCUUCUAUGGUGCCGAGAUCGUCUCCGCCCUGGACUACCUGCACUCCGCCAAGAUCGUAUACCGGGACCUCAAGCUGGAGAACCUCAUGCUCGACAAGGACGGUCACAUCAAGAUCACUGACUUCGGCCUCUGCAAAGAAGGAAUCACUGACGCUGCUACCAUGAAGACGUUCUGCGGCACCCCCGAGUACCUGGCCCCAGAGGUGCUGGAGGACAACGACUACGGCCGGGCGGUGGACUGGUGGGGGCUGGGCGUGGUCAUGUACGAGAUGAUGUGCGGCCGGCUGCCCUUCUACAACCAGGACCACGAGAAGCUCUUCGAGCUCAUCCUCAUGGAGGACAUCAAGUUCCCGCGCACGCUGUCGGCCGACGCCAAGUCGCUGCUGUCCGGCCUGCUCAUCAAGGACCCUAACAAAAGGUGCUGGAUGUGGCCGCUUUGA